AUGGAAGCUGCGGGGCCGCCUCAGGAUAGGAGGUGCUGCUGGGAGGCCCUGGAGAAGCUCUUCCCUCGCGUCUGCUUCCUCUGCUCCCUGGUGACCUAUGCACUGGUGGGUGCUGCACUCUUCUCAGCCAUUGAGGGCAGUCAGAACCUGGGGGCAGAUGACUCAGAGUUUGAGGAGUUCUUGGAGAAUCUCUGUGACAUCUUGAAAUGCAACAGAACAGUUGAGGACGGCAGGAAGCGGGAUCUUGGGAAGCUGCUGCAGAAGGUGAAGCCUCAGUGGUUUAGCAGGUCUGAAGACUGGUCGUUCCUGGGCUCACUCUUUUUCUGCUGCACAGUGAUCAGCACAGUGGGUUACGGCCAUACCUACCCUGUCACCAGGCUCGGCAAGUACCUGUGCAUGCUCUACGCUCUCUUUGGCAUCCCCCUGAUGUUCCUGGUCCUCACGGACAUAGGUGACAUCCUGGCAACCAUCCUAUCCACGUCCUACAACCGAUUCCGAAAACUCCCUUUCCUCCCCCUUCUGCUUCCCAAGUGGUACUCUGGACCUCCCUGCAAAAGAGGACCUGACACCAGUCCCGUGGACGAAGCCGUCCCAAGGACUGUCAUCAGUGACCCAGAGCUCCCGGGCCCCAAACCUGCCCCCUCAGCUCCAAGCAGCAACAUGGAGCUGUUCGAGAGACUUCUAGUACAAGAAAAAGAGAACACACUGCAGGUGCCCCCUCAGGCCAUGGAGAGGAGCUCCUCGUGUCCUGAGCUGGUGUCCGGGAGACUCUCGUACUCCGUCAUCAGCAACCUGGAUGAGGUGGGGCAGCAGGUGGAGAGGCUGGACAUCCCCCUCCCCGUCAUUGUCCUCGUGGUCUUCGCCUACAUUUCCUGUGCGGCCGCCAUCCUCCCCAUGUGGGAGAAGGAGAUGAACUUUGAAAACGCCUUCUACUUCUGCUUUGUCACACUGACCACCAUUGGGUUUGGGGACAUCGUUUUAGAACACCCUCACUUCUUCUUGUUCUUCUCCAUCUAUAUCAUCGUUGGGAUGGAGAUUGUGUGCAUUGCUUUCAGGUUGGUGCAAAACAGGCUGAUUCACAUCUACAAAAAUCUCUUGCUCUUCUUUGCAAAUGGGAAGUUUCACAAUCCUGUGAAAAAGUGA